AUGGCCAAGGGUUCCGCCUCAUCGCCGACUGCGACCCCACCAGCAGCUCUGAAGCGGACAACGUCGAGCACGCAGAACAUGAAGAACCAAAAGUCAAUUCUGGGAUUCUUCCAGAAAUCGUCACCGGCGACUCCGUCGAAUGAUAAACCUCGCGAACCCGCGUCGUCCCCAGCCCAGCGAGCCGGCGAGCAACGUGCGACCAACACCGUGAAACCUACGCCGAAGAGGAAUUUCUCCAGCUUUGCUCAGGACUUGACCCCCGUGCCGAGUAGUGACCUUCCCAUCCCCGAGGAAGAUGAAGAAAAUGGAGACAAGGUAAAAUCAGGACGCGACGAAAUCGAGGACAUCGCAAUGUCUCCUUCACGACGAGCCAAGAAGAAGCAAGUCAGCUACAAGGAGAGUGAUUCCGAGGGUGAGGAUGACGACGAGGUUAUCUUCCGCCCCAGUCGCAAAAGCAAUGCCAAUGGACGCGCCGCCAAGCGCAGGAAGACUUCCCCCGAGAGUGAGGACGAGUUUAAGGAGGCAGAGGAAGCCGGAUACUCGGAUGAUGGCAAUACAGAAAUGGACGACUUCAUUGUGGCUGAUGACUCUGAUGAAGAAGUCGCUGCACCGAAGAAACGAAAGCGACCAGCUACCACACCGUCGCGAAAGAACUCGAACCGGGCCGCCUCUUCACCACCUCCCCCUCCAACCGACGAAGACCUCGACUUGGAUAUCCCCGAGGGCUCAGCUGGCACUGCAAUGAAGUGGAAGUUCGACCCGGAAAGCACUGAACCUCGGAAGGAACGUGUGGUGCAAGCGACUACAAAGGCACCUGCUAGCGCAAAGAAAGAGAAGGCCCACACCAGAGAGCCUGAAGAGCGAUACCCGUGGCUUGCAAACAUCAAGGAUAUCGACGGCAACCCUCCAGGCCACCCUGACCAUGACCCGCGCACCAUCUAUAUCCCACCACUGGCCUGGUCGAAGUUCUCACCUUUCGAGAAGCAAUACUGGGAGAUCAAGCAGAAGUUCUGGGAUACCGUGGUCUUUUUCAAGAAAGGCAAAUUCUACGAGCUCUACGAGAACGAUGCUACAAUUGGUCACCAAUUGUUUGACCUCAAGCUCACCGACAGAGUCAAUAUGCGCAUGGUUGGUGUCCCCGAAAUGAGUCUGUCUCACUGGGCAAAUCAAUUCGUUGCCAAGGGCUUCAAGAUUGCUCGUGUUGACCAAUCUGAGUCCGCUCUCGGCAAGGAAAUGCGCGAGCGAGACGCCAAGAAAGGCGGAAAGGAAGAUAAAAUCAUCAAGCGUGAACUCGCGUGUGUUCUCACUGCUGGCACUCUGGUGGAAGGGUCAAUGUUACAGGAUGAUAUGUCGACGUACUGUGUUGCCAUCAAGGAAGCUAUCGUGGACGACCGACCUGCGUUUGGUCUCGCCUUCGUUGAUACGGCUACUGGCCAAUUCUUCGUGUCGGAAUUUGUUGACGACGUGGAUAUGACAAAGUUCGAGACCUUUGUUGCACAAACUCGCCCUCAGGAAAUGCUGCUUGAGAAAGGAUGUGUCUCGCAAAAGGCCAUGCGCAUUCUCAAAAACAACACAGGGCUUACCACUAUCUGGAACUAUCUCAAGCCGGCUAAAGAGUUUUGGGAAGCGGAUAUCACUGUGAAGGAACUUGAUGCUAGCGAGUAUUUCGUCUCUGAGGACGAUGAUAAUGUUAAGGCCUGGCCCGAGGUCCUUCGUCAGGCACGGGAGAAAGAGUUGCUCAUGUCUGCCUUUGGCGCUCUCACUCAGUAUCUGCGAGUUCUGAAGAUCGAGCGGGACCUGAUAACCAUCGGCAACUUCACGUGGUACGACCCUAUCAAGAAAGCCUCUAGCCUGGUUCUGGACGGUCAGACCCUGAUCAACAUGGAAAUCUUCGCAAACUCUUUUGAUGGCGGUCAAGAUGGCACUCUCUUCCAGCUGUUGAACCGGUGCAUUACGCCCUUUGGAAAGCGAACUUUCAAGCAAUGGGUCUGUCACCCAUUGAUGGACGCUAAGCGGAUCAACGCUAGGCUGGAUGCCGUUGAUGCCUUGAAUGCCGACCCGAGCACCCGUGACCAGUUCUCUUCGCAGUUGACCAAGAUGCCUGAUCUGGAACGGCUGAUCUCUCGUGUUCAUGCGGGUGUCUGCAAGGCCCAGGAUUUCGUUCGGGUUCUUGAGGGGUUCGAACAAAUUGAAUAUACUAUGGGUCUUCUUAAGGACAGUGGCGCUGGUGAGGGUAUCAUCGGACAGCUGAUUGAGGGGAUGCCCGAUCUGUCCCCGCUGCUUUCAUACUGGAAGACUGCGUUUGAUCGGUCCAAGGCCAAAGACAAUGGGAUCCUGGUCCCAGAGACCGGCGUCGAAGCCGAUUUUGACAAUUCCCAAGACACCAUUGAACAGCUGCACAAGGAACUUGACAGCCUUCUAAAGAAGGCUCGCCGGGACCUAGGCUCCACUGCAAUCUGCUACCGUGACAACGGAAAGGAGAUUUAUCAACUUGAGGUGCCUGUCAAGGUCAAAAACAUUCCCAAGAACUGGGAUCAGAUGUCUGCCACGAAGCAGGUGAAGCGUUACUACUUCCCCGAACUACGCAGCCUGAUCCGGAAAUUGCAAGAAGCCCAGGAAACCCACGGCCAAAUCGUGAAAGAAGUUGCUGGCAGAUUCCAUGCUCGAUUCGAUGAGCAUUAUGGUACAUGGCUCGCUGCGGUUCGGGUUGUGUCGCAGCUGGAUUGUCUGAUAAGUCUAGCCAAGGCAUCUGCUUCACUGGGCCAGCCCAGCUGCCGGCCAGUCUUUGUGGAAGAUGAGCGGAGUGUUCUCGAAUUUGAAGAACUACGGCAUCCCUGUCUUCUUUCGUCUGUGGAAGACUUUAUCCCUAACGAUGUCCAGCUUGGUGGCAAGCAUGCAAAUAUUGAUUUGCUUACAGGUGCCAACGCUGCUGGAAAGUCCACCCUUCUGCGAAUGACGUGUGUUGCUGUCAUCAUGGCCCAAAUUGGCUGCUAUCUUCCUUGCAAGUCUGCCCGUCUGACUCCCAUCGACCGAAUCAUGUCCCGGUUGGGAGCCAAUGACAACAUCUUUGCCGCGCAAUCAACAUUCUUCGUUGAGCUAUCCGAGACGAAGAAGAUUCUGUCCGAAGCUACCCCGCGUUCCCUCGUCAUCCUAGACGAACUUGGUCGUGGUACCAGUUCAUAUGACGGCGUUGCCGUCGCGCAAGCCGUCUUGCACCAUAUCGCCACUCAUAUUGGUGCAAUGGGCUUCUUUGCUACACACUACCACUCUCUGGCUGCGGAGUUUGAGAAUCACCCAGAAAUUGCCCCCAAGCGUAUGGCCAUUCAUGUCGACGAUGCCGAGCGCCGUGUUACCUUCCUCUACAAAUUAGAGAGCGGCGUUGCAGAGGGCAGUUUCGGUAUGCACUGUGCGUCCAUGUGUGGUAUCUCGAACAAGGUCAUCGAACGUGCGGAGGUUGCGGCUCAGCAGUGGGAGCACACCAGUCGGCUCAAGGAGAGUCUUGAGCGUCAGAAGGGCGGUGGCUUCAUCGGCCUGGGAUGGUGGAGUGACGUCGCAUGGGCACUGCGCGAGUCCACUGCGGAAGAUGAUGAGGAAGCCGGUGGCGUCACGGAUCGGGGCCUGGAGGUCUUGCUUAAGGCUAUUGAAGCUCUGUAG